AUGGCUGGGAUUUUAUAUUUCAUCCUCUUUUCGUUUCUGUUUGGGAUUUGCAAUGGUGUCACCGGUUCUAGGAUAUAUCCCGCCAACGAAGUUACUUUAUUGGAUUCCAGAUCGGUUCAGGGAGAACUUGGGUGGAUAGCCAGCCCUUUGGAAGGAGGGUGGGAAGAAGUGAGCAUUAUGGAUGAGAAAAACACUCCAAUCCGUACCUACCAAGUCUGCAAUGUGAUGGAGUCCAGCCAAAACAACUGGUUACGAACUGAUUGGAUUCCCCGGGAAGGGGCUCAGAGGGUGUAUAUUGAGAUAAAAUUCACACUGAGGGACUGCAAUAGCCUCCCAGGAGUUAUGGGAACUUGCAAAGAGACUUUCAACUUGUACUACUAUGAAUCCAACAAUGAUAAAGAACGCUUUAUUAGAGAAAGCCAGUUUGCCAAGAUUGACACCAUUGCUGCUGAUGAGAGCUUCACCCAAGUGGACAUUGGUGACAGAAUCAUGAAGUUGAACACUGAGAUACGAGAUGUGGGACCAUUGAGUAAGAAAGGGUUCUAUUUGGCUUUUCAAGAUGUUGGAGCUUGUAUUGCCCUAGUGUCUGUUCGGGUUUUCUAUAAGAAGUGCCCAUUGACAGUUCGCAAUCUGGCUCAAUUUCCAGACACCAUCACUGGGGCUGAUACAUCCUCCCUAGUGGAAGUUCGAGGCUCCUGUGUCAACAACUCCGAAGAGAAGGAUGUGCCAAAAAUGUAUUGUGGGGCAGAUGGUGAAUGGCUGGUACCCAUUGGCAACUGUCUAUGCAAUGCUGGGCAUGAAGAGAGAAAUGGAGAAUGCCAAGCCUGCAAGAUUGGAUACUAUAAGGCCCUUUCCACUGAUACUGCCUGUGCCAAGUGCCCACCCCACAGCUACUCCGUCUGGGAGGGAGCCACCUCCUGCACCUGUGACCGAGGCUAUUUUCGAGCAGAGGAUGAUGCAGCUUCCAUGCCCUGCACUCGCCCACCAUCUGCUCCCCUCAACUUGAUUUCGAAUGUCAAUGAAACAUCAGUGAACUUGGAGUGGAGCAGUCCUGAGAACACUGGGGGCCGUCAAGACAUUUCCUACAACGUAGUGUGUAAGAAGUGUGGUGCUGGAGAUGUCAACCGAUGUCGAUCCUGCGGCAGUGGAGUCCACUAUACACCCCAGCAGAAUGGCCUCAAGAGCACCAAAGUCUCCAUCACUGACCUCUUGGCACAUACUAACUAUACGUUUGAAAUCUGGGCUGUGAAUGGAGUGUCCAAAUACAAUCCAAGUCAAGACCAGUCGGUUUCAGUUACUGUGACGACAAAUCAAGCAGCUCCGUCUUCCAUCGCUUUGAUCCAGGCUAAAGAAAUAACGAGAUACAGUGUUGCAUUGGCUUGGUUGGAACCUGAUCGGCCAAAUGGAGUCAUCUUAGAGUAUGAAGUCAAAUAUUAUGAGAAGGAUCAGAAUGAACGCAGCUAUAGGAUUGUUCGAACAGCCUCCAGGAACACUGACAUCAAAGGUCUGAAUCCCUUGACUUCCUAUGUAUUCCACGUGAGAGCCCGAACUGCAGCUGGCUAUGGAGACUUCAGUGAACCCUUUGAGGUCACAACUAACACAGUGCCUUCUCGAAUCAUUGGAGAUGGAACCAACUCGACUGUCCUUCUGGUGUCCGUUUCCGGCAGUGUGGUUCUGGUGGUCAUCCUCAUUGCAGCCUUUGUCAUCAGCAGGAGACGGAGUAAAUACAGUAAAGCAAAGCAGGAAGCAGAUGAAGAGAAACAUUUGAAUCAAGGUGUGAGAACCUAUGUUGACCCUUUUACAUAUGAAGAUCCUAACCAAGCUGUUCGAGAGUUUGCCAAAGAAAUUGAUGCAUCCUGCAUUAAGAUAGAAAAAGUCAUAGGAGUGGGUGAAUUUGGUGAAGUGUGCAGUGGACGACUCAAAGUACCUGGGAAGAGAGAGAUCUGUGUGGCUAUUAAGACUCUUAAAGCUGGGUAUACAGACAAACAGAGGAGGGAUUUCCUAAGCGAAGCCAGCAUCAUGGGACAGUUUGACCACCCAAACAUCAUCCACUUAGAAGGCGUAGUUACCAAAUGUAAACCUGUAAUGAUCAUAACCGAGUACAUGGAGAAUGGCUCCUUGGAUGCAUUCCUGAGGAAGAAUGAUGGAAGAUUUACAGUGAUUCAGUUGGUUGGGAUGCUUCGUGGCAUUGGUUCUGGAAUGAAAUACCUCUCUGAUAUGAGCUAUGUACAUAGAGAUCUAGCUGCCCGUAACAUCUUGGUCAAUAGCAACUUGGUCUGCAAAGUAUCUGACUUUGGCAUGUCUCGUGUUCUUGAAGAUGAUCCUGAAGCAGCUUACACUACCAGGGGUGGCAAGAUUCCCAUCCGGUGGACUGCACCAGAAGCGAUUGCUUAUCGUAAAUUCACAUCUGCAAGUGAUGUAUGGAGCUAUGGAAUUGUGAUGUGGGAAGUGAUGUCGUAUGGAGAGCGGCCCUACUGGGAUAUGUCCAACCAGGAUGUUAUAAAAGCCAUUGAAGAAGGCUACCGGCUACCUCCACCAAUGGACUGCCCCAUCGCUCUCCACCAGCUGAUGCUAGACUGCUGGCAGAAGGAAAGAAGCGACAGACCUAAAUUUGGACAGAUUGUCAACAUGUUGGACAAACUCAUUCGCAAUCCCAACAGCUUGAAGAGGACAGGCACUGAGAGCUCCAGGCCCAAUACUGCUUUGUUGGAUCCUAGCUCUCCCGAGUUCUCUGCUGUGGUAUCUGUAGGGGAUUGGCUUCAGGCCAUUAAAAUGGACCGGUAUAAGGACAACUUCACAGCUGCCGGUUACACCACCCUCGAGGCGGUGGUGCACAUGAACCAGGACGACCUGGCGAGAAUCGGCAUCACGGCCGCCACGCACCAGAAUAAGAUCUUGAACAGCGUCCAGGCAAUGCGGACCCAAAUGCAACAGAUGCAUGGCAGGAUGGUUCCUGUCUGA